GCUAAUUAAAAAAAAAAAAACAAUAAUCGAUCGCUUAUUGAAGUCUUUUCCACGAAAAGCAAAAAUAAUAUAAUUGAUGUUAAAGUUUAAGUAAAGAAAAUGUCCGACGAAAAUAACAGAAAUGUUAAAGAAAUCAGAGAAUUGUAUUCUAUGUUCCAUCAGGAAUAUAUUAUCAUGGCUGAAUAUCGCAUGCUACAAACAGAGAAUUUACAAGGAAUCUACGUGAUACCUUCAUACGAGAAUUCUUUUUUGUGGUUCGGUGUUAUUUUUGUGCGAACUGGGUUUUAUGAAUGUGGAGUGUUCAGAUUCACUCUGGAAUUCCCUGAAAAAUUCCCUGAUGAUGAAGUUCCUGUGUUGACAUUUACAUCAAAUUUUUACCACCCAGCAGUUGACCCAAAUACAGGUGUCCUCAAUCUUAGUGAAGUGUUUCCAAAAUGGGAUAGAAAAAUGAACCACAUAUGGCAAAUAUUGAAAUAUUUACACUGGAUAUUCCACAACUUAAAUAUCAAAGUACCGGCUAAUAUAGAAGCCAAAGUUGCGUAUAAAUCAAACAGAAAGCUAUUUCUGGAAAAAGUAAGAGAAUGUGUGAUAACAAGUAUUGACCAUCUGUAUGAUGACCCACCUACAGAAGACAAACAUUAUAUUACUUUCAAGCCAUAUGACCCUGAAGUACAUGACUCUGCUAAAAACCUAAUGAUGCAACCUCCAAAGCCCAACGAAGGUAUGGUCCAGGGAAUUUCUUGGGUGCAACCAGGAUCCUAUCAGCCUUUUUCCAAGGAAGAAAACACAUAAGAAUAUGGACUAUUGUUAUUUUUUUAUCAAUUCAAGUAUUAUACAGUUAUUUCGCCAUAUUAGACACCUGUGAUAAUAUCAAUGAACAGAAGGUUUCCUUAAAACUUUGUUGGUGUUUGUUAUAUUGUUGUAAUCACAUAUAGACAUUAUAUUUCAUCACAAUAGUUAUAUAGUGUUUAACAUAAAAACUAGUUAAAAAGUUUGAUUUAAAAUUAUUUAAUUACUAUAAUUUAAGUUGAACAAAUGUUAUACUGUUUCUAUAAUUUAUAUGCAAAUAUCUAAUAAAAUAUAUUACACUAAGCAGGAUCA